UCUGCUUCUUCUUCUAUUACUGCUACUAUUAUAUUUAUUAUUAGUGGUAGUAGUAUUAUUAUUUUUUGUUAUUCCCCAAAUCUCACCGCACAUCUCAAUCACGCUCUUCGAUUCUUGAUGAUCUUAAUCUCUAGAGAGAGAAAUUGUGCCUCUUCACGGUUUUUAGAGAGAGAAACUAAAGAACUCGUUGAAUUUAUAUUCGCUUUUCCCGUCAAACCCCAGAACUUGCAGCAGUACCUUGUUUUAGAGAGAGAAAACUCUGUUUCUAGAGCGAGAAACUGGAAUUUUUUUUUCCUUUUUCUUUCAGCUCGGAGUUGAAGAGAUAUUUUGUAUGUGUUUUUAUGGAAAUUAUAUAAUUUCUUAGUUUUUGAGCUUCGGCGAGGUUCGAUUUCUAGGGUUUUUUUGGUGGUGAGCUUGAUCUUCGGCAAUGGAGGUUGCUACUGGUUCUGAAGGAGAGAAGAAGAAGCCACUUGAGGUUGAGAACAAGACGAAGCGGAAAAUGAAGACCGCUUCGCAGUUGGAGAUUCUGGAAAAAACCUAUGCUGUGGAGGCGUACCCGUCGGAGGCAUUGCGAGCUGAGCUUUCGGCGAAAUUAGGGCUCUCUGAUCGGCAAUUGCAGAUGUGGUUCUGUCAUAGGAGGUUGAAAGACCGGAAAGGUCCAUCGUCAGGGAAGCGGCAGCCGAAGGAUUCUCCGGCCAGAGAGGAAAUGGCGGUGGCAGAGGUGGGGAAUGAGCUCGGUUCGGGUUCGGGCUCAGCAUCAAGUCUGUUAGCAGAGUCACGACGAGUUGUUGGGCGGCCCGGGGUUGCGGUUGCGAGGAUGGGAGGUGAUGUGGCAGUAAUGAGUAGGUACUACGAGCCGCAGCAGACGAUAGCUGAGCUUCGGGCUAUUGCUUUUGUGGAGGCACAGUUGGGGGAGCCACUGAGGGAGGAUGGGCCCAUUCUCGGGAUGGAGUUUGAUUCCUUGCCGCCUGAUGCAUUUGGAGCUCCGAUAGGAGCGGUGACAGUGGGGCAGCAGAAGCAGUCUGGGAGGCCAUUUGAGCCAAAGUUAUAUGAGCGACACGAUGCUAAACCGAUCAAGGGUGCUGGCAGAGCUCUCCAUGAAUACCAAUUUCUUCCGGAGCAACCAACUGUUAGAACUGAUGCAUAUGAGAGAGUUGCUCCAUCUUACCACUAUGGUUCACCCGCAGAUGGUCCAAAUGCCAGAACUUCGUCAGUAAUUUCUGGGCGCUCUUUCAUGCAUGGGAAUGAACAAGUACCUUCUGGAUAUGGUUUUCAAGGUCAGGUGCCUGGUUUAAAUCUUUUGCCUAACCAAGGCAGGCAGGGUCACCUCUUGCCCUCUGUUUCGGGAGAGUAUGACACUGUUCCACGAAAGAAUGCCUUUCCAAACAUUGCCAUGGAUGCUCAUUUUGCUGCUCACCCCAUUACUCAAUUGGAAAAUCCUUUUCUGCCGUCUGACAGGAGGGUCGCCCAUGAUGAGGAUGUUCCACGGAUGGAGAGAAAACGCAAGAGUGAGGAAGCGAGAAUAGCACGGGAAGUUGAAGCCCAUGAGAAGAGGAUUCGGAAAGAGCUUGAAAAACAAGAUAUUUUGAGGCGCAAGAGGGAAGAGCAAAUAAGGAAAGAGAUGGAAAGGCAUGAUCGUGAAAGGCGGAAGGAAGAAGAAAGGCUAUUGCGAGAAAAACAGCGAGAGGAGGAGAGAUACCAAAGGGAACAAAGGCGUGAACUAGAGCGGAGGGAGAAGUUCUUGCAGAAGGAGUCACUAAGAGCUGAGAAGUUAAGACAAAAAGAGGAACUACGCAGAGAAAAGGAGGCAGCAAGGCUCAAAGCUGCUAAUGAGAGAGCUAUUGCUCGUAGAAUUGCUAAAGAAUCAAUGGAACUAAUUGAGGAUGAACGCUUGGAACUCAUGGAAAUAGCCACAUCCAGCAAGGGGUUGCCUUCAAUUGUCUCUCUUGACUAUGAUACUUUGCAAAAUCUCGAGUUAUAUCGAGAUAUGCUGGCUGUUUUCCCACCCAAAUCUGUGUGUUUGAAAAGGCCUUUCACUAUUCAACCUUGGACUGAUUCAGAGGAAAACGUAGGGAAUCUUCUUAUGGUUUGGAGGUUCUUAAUUACUUUUGCGGAUGUUCUGGGACUCUGGCCAUUUACUCUGGAUGAGUUCAUCCAAGCUUUCCAUGACUAUGAUCCAAGGUUGUUAGGUGAGAUAAAUAUUGCUCUUCUGAGGUCCAUCAUAAAAGAUAUUGAAGAUGUUGCUAGAACACCCUCUACUGGGCUGGGAACAAAUCAAUAUAGUGCUGCUAACCCCGGAGGUGGGCAUCCACAGAUUGUUGAAGGGGCAUAUGCUUGGGGUUUUGAUAUACGUAACUGGCAAGGCCAUUUAAAUCCUUUGACAUGGCCAGAAAUUUUGCGGGAAUUUGCUCUAUCAGCAGGUUUUGGGCCACAAUUGAAGAGAAAGAAUAUUGAACAGACCUAUCUUCGUGAUGACAAUGAGGGUAAUGAUGGUGAAGAUGUAAUAUCUAAUUUGCGCAAUGGUGCAGCCGUUGAAAAUGCUGUUGCUAUAAUGCAAGAAAGGGGUUUUUCUAAUCCACGUAGAUCUAGGCAUCGUUUGACACCUGGAACUGUCAAAUUUGCAGCAUUUCAUGUUCUCUCCCUCGAGGGAAGUAAGGGCCUUAAUAUAUUAGAAGUUGCAGAAAAGAUUCAGAAAUCUGGACUUCGGGAUCUCACAACAAGCAAGACACCUGAAGCUUCUAUUGCUGCUGCCUUAUCUAGGGAUUCAAAACUUUUUGAGAGGACAGCUCCUUCAACGUAUUGUGUACGUUCUGCCUAUAGGAAGGACCCCGCUGAUGCUGAGGCAAUACUUUCUAUGGCCAGGGAAAGAAUCCGGAUAUUUAAAAGUGGUAUUGUGGAUGGAGAAGAUGCGGAUGAUGCUGAAAGAGAUGGAGAUUCUGAAAGUGAUGGAGGUGAGGAUCCUGAGGUUGAUGAUUUAGGUACUGAGACAAAUUCAAAUAAAGAGGAUCUGAAUUCCAAAGAGACAACCGAGUUCAGUGCUACUCCAUUGGGAAAUGGCAAGGGGAGUGAUGAUGUUUUGGAAACUCCACAAGUCAGUCUUGGCAAUAUAGAUGAGGGUUUGUUUUCAAUGCAGUCAGGAGGAAAUGGGGAUAAAGAUUCUGGUUUGUUUGUUGCCCAGUCUGUUGAUGUCUCUGGAAUUGGUAAUAAUAUGGUUGUUGGUAAUCAAGAAGAUGCAGAUAUUGAUGAAAGCAAUCCUGGUGAAUCGUGGGUUCAGGGACUUAUGGAAGGAGAGUAUUCUGAUCUUAGUGUUGAGGAGCGCCUGAGUGCGCUUGUUGCUUUAAUUGGCAUUGCAAUUGAAGGAAACUCUAUCCAUGUUGUUCUUGAGGAACGUUUAGAAGCAGCAAAUGCUCUGAAGAAGCAAAUGUGGGCCGAGGCACAACUUGAUAAACGCCGUAUGAAAGAAGAGUUUGUGUUGAGGACAAAUUAUUCAUCAUUUGCAGGAAACAAGGCUGAACCUAAUCUUCUUACAAAUUCCUUGGCAGAGGAUCGGCAAAGUCCACUUUGCACCAUUAAUGACAAAAACAAGGAGACGUCUGUGGCCCCUGCUGUUGAGCAAGAACAGUUAAAUAAUAUACAGAAUGACCAAAAUUAUCUUAACAGUUUGCCCUCUGAAGAGAACCUGCAAAUCCAUGAUUACCCUGCUGGCCCAGAUAAUCUUCCAUGUCAGCAACCAGGAUAUGUUGCUGAAAGGUCACGCUCACAGCUAAAAUCUUACAUUGGUCACAAGGCGGAAGAGAUGUAUGUAUAUCGAUCACUGCCUCUUGGUCAGGAUCGCAGACGUAAUCGAUACUGGCGGUUUAUUACAUCUGCUUCUCGAAAUGAUCCAGGCUGUGGCAGGAUCUUUGUUGAGUUGCAUGAUGGUCAUUGGAGGCUUAUUGAUUCUGAAGAGGGUUUUGAUGCUUUGUUGUCAUCUUUAGAUGUACGUGGGGUAAGAGAAUCUCAUUUGCACACGAUGUUGCAGAAGAUUGAGAUGUCCUUCAAGGAAUCUGUUCAGAUGAACAUGCGUUCUGCUAUGGGGAGACAUGGUGGAGACUCUGUCAAAACAGAAGCCAUUGAAAUGGUUCCUGGCCCUGAUUUCAGCGUAGGCACUGAUAGCCCUAGAAGUACUGUGUGUGCUGAUUCUGAUACGUCAGAGACCUCAACAUCUUUUACGAUUGAGCUUGGAAACAAUGAAUGUGAAAAAAAUGAUGCCUUGAAGAGAUAUCAGGAUUUUGAAAAAUGGAUGUGGAAAGAUUGUGUUAAUUCAUCAGUAAUAUUUGCAAUGAAGUAUGGGAAGAAAAGGGAUCUACAAUUGCUGAGUACUUGUGAUUACUGCCAUGAUGUCUAUUCUUUUGAAGACAACCACUGUCCUUCCUGCCAUAAGACAUACAGUUCAUCUCGGAACUUAAAUUUUUCUGAACAUGUGUCUCAAUGUGAAGAAAAACCAAAGUUUGACACUCAAAAUACUUGGCAUGGUUCACUCUUAGCUCCUCUCCGGAUAAGGUUGCUUAAAGUGCAAUUAGCUUUGAUUGAGGUUUCUAUUCCACUGGAAGCUCUUCAACCUCUAUGGACCAACAGUUAUCGAAAAUCAUGGGGAAUGAAAUUGCACUCCUCAUCAUCAGCUGAAGAUCUUCUUCAGGCUUUGACAUUGUUGGAAAGUGCCAUAAAGAGGGACUAUUUAUCAUCGAACUUUGAGAGCACCACUGAGCUGCUGGGAUCCUCUAACCCUUCAGGAAGUGGUACGGAUUAUUCUUUUGGUCCUGAAACAGUUCUCAUACUUCCAUGGAUACCACAUACAACAGCGGCUGUGGCUCUGAGGCUCAUGGAAUUUGAUGCGUCCAUCUCCUAUAUGCUGAAGCAGAAAGUGGACUCUCAGAAGGAUAAGGGACCUUGGGUUAUUAAGCUUCCAUCAAAAUAUGCCACUGUCAAGAAUUCAAAAGAUGAUGAUACAGGUCAUAUACCUUAUCAGGCUGAACAUCUUAAAGAAGAGAAAUGGGUUGAUUCAGGUAGUGGACUUGCUAGCUCUGGUCGUGGACGAGGGGGCCGUGGAAGAGGCCGUGGUCGUAUUCGUGGCAGAAGCUCACAAGGAAGGGUCAUUAGUUCCAGAGCUGAAUCUGGUAAGAGAACUUCCUCCACAAAGAGUGACAGAUUGGGGCAGGCAUUGGGAUGGAGAGGACGACCACGUGGACGAGGAGGGCGUAGACGAGGUCGUCGGAGCAUUAGAAGCAGGCAGAGACCUGCAAAGGUGGUUGUGGUUGGUGGAGACAGAGAUAACUCCAAAGAUAUCAUCCUUGAUAAAUCGCCAAGUGGCUUGGAGUGGAAUGGAGAUGAAAGCAUGCGGCUGCCAGGGGAGGAUGCUGGGAGUACUAGCAGUUCAGAAAGAUCAGAUUAUGAUUAUGAAAAUGGUCAGGCAACUGGAGAUGAAUAUGAUGAUAUGGUGGUGGAUGACUUUGCUGCGGGAUAUCCUGGCAGGUCUGAUGACUUGCUACAGGGGACCUAUUAUAACGUAGAUGUAGAGGAAGAAGAUGAAGAAGAAGAAGAAGAUGAAGAUGAUGUUGAUGACAAUGAAGGAGAUGCAGAAGAUGAGCAAGGGGAUCUUGAUAUUGAUGAAUAUAUAAAUGGGGACUCGGAUGAGGAGGGAAACGGGGGUGGGGACAGAGAGCAGAACCUUGAUCAAGAUCAAGGUACAUAUACAUCCUCGGACUACAGCGAGUAAUGCAAUCUGUGACAUUGUUAUUGUAUGAGAGAUGUUACAUCAUUGUAUUGCACUCUUUGUUUUCCUCGAUGCAUCCGAACCAUCCUUGUAAGCCAAUAGUAUUUAUAAAGGUUACUGUAACCGUGCAAAGCAUGUUAACUGAUAUUAAAUGUGAAUGAAUAUCCCAUUUUGUUCAA